GAAGUUAAGCUUACAGUGAGGCGAGUGGUGACCCGACCAUGGCGUCCUUGCUGGACUACGAAGUAGGAACAGCUAGAAAACAUGUUCUUUGGCGAACAUUUAUGGUACUCUUUAGCGUCUUUGUAUUUUUGAAGGCGCCUCAGACAGCCCUUGCCAAGAAGGGGAGUCUGAAAGAGGUAACAGACGGAAACUGGGAAGACAUACUGACCGGAGAAUGGAUGAUAGAAUUUUUUGCCCCUUGGUGCCCUGCAUGUCGACAACUGCAGCCUGUGUGGGGGGAGUUUGCCGAGUGGGGAGAGGAUCUGGGCGUCAACAUUGCCAAGGUGGAUGUCACUGAGCAGCCAGGACUAAGUGGCAGAUUUAUUAUCACCUCCCUUCCUACCAUCUACCACUGUAAAGAUGGUGUGUUUCGGCGGUACCAGGGACCACGCACCAAAGAGGACUUCCUUAGCUUCAUUGAUGAAAAGAAAUGGCAGACUAUCGAACCAGUGUCCUCGUGGUUCGGUCCAUCCUCCUUUUUGAUGAACUCCAUGUCUGCACUCUUCAAGCUCUCCAUGUUCAUACGGCAUUGCCACAACUAUCUGACGGAGCAGUUGGGCAUCCCUGUGUGGGGGUCCUAUGUGAUCUUCGCCCUGGCAACUCUCUUCUCUGGUCUAGUCCUGGGACUGAUACUGGUGUUCAUCGCUGACUUUGUCUUCCCAUCUAGAAGAUUCCAAAGUAACUACUACCAAAGUAGGAAGCAGCUGUCUGAGGCGCGUCUGAGGCAGCAGCUGGAGGACGAGCAGAUGGCCGACGGCGAGGAGGACGAUGAAGAGGAGGAGGAGGACGAGGAGGACGAGAGCGGCUCGCGGGAGGACCUGUGGCACAAGGGCCGCCGCUCGCCCGAGGGCCUCCCCGAAACGUUCGGCGACGAGGCGCUCCGGAGGAGGGUGCUGGCCGCCCGGCAGGAGGAGGAGGAGGACACCUAGAGGAGGAGGAGGAGCCCGGCGGCAGAGCUGCAAACACGUGCCUCGCCAUGGCAACUCCAAUCAGCAGCUUUCUUUUUUGGGCGGGGGUAGGGGGAAGGUAACGGGAGGGGAGGGGGGACUGAAGGGGCGGAAUCUAAAAAGUCCCUUGAAAGUCAAAACACCACCAAUGCCACCGAUCGCUACGCCGAGGAGAAGCGCAGACAGACGCGAGUGGAGCCGACGCAGAGUUUACAGACGCAGAGCCGGCACGGAGGCCCUGGCAAACUCCAACGCAUCUCUCUCUAUCUCCAUCUCUCUCACUCUCUUUCUCUCUCUCUCUCUCUCCCUCCCUCCCUCUCUCUCUUUUCUCUCUCUCUCUCACUUGCUCUCUCUCUCGUUUUUCUUUCUUUCUCUCCGUCUUGUUCUGUCACUCUUGCUGUCUCUUGUUGCCAGUCCCACGCCAGGAUUCGUGCUGGACUCUACCGACAUUUCACUCAAAACACAUCCUCUCUCAACAUCGUCAACUAUUCAAGCAUUGUUUAUUAUUAUUUUUUCCUCUAUUUUAUUUUUUUAUAUGAAUAAGUAGAGAUAGGCAUUAGGGGGUUGGCCCAGGUUGGGGUUUUAUUUUACUGUUACAAUACUGUAUGCAUCUCAUACCCAAGUGUUACCAUUGAUGGACCGCCAGAUUCUCCUAUGCAUCACUUUAGACUUUGCCUGUGUCUCUGUAGACCCUUGCCAUUCCAGAUACUCUCUACAACUCUGAACACAUCAAACAACCUCACAUGAUGUACAUGCGUUUUGUAUGCACAGACACACAUACUUUUUCUGUUGCUUUUUUUGCCCACCAUUUGUACAAAGCAUCACCCUCUUUCUAGAUAUCUCUCCCUGUGUGUUUGUGUGUGUGUGUGUGUGUGUGUGUGUGUGUGUGCGCAGAGGUUUUUGUGUGUAUGUUUGUAUGUGUGUCUGUGUGUACGGUUAUCUGUUUGAACGUGUGUGUGGGCUUGCAUUGCAGUACACAGCGGACAUUUUUAAAACUCGCAUCGGAUGAAACAAAGGGUUAAUGAUUAUUGCACUGUGCCCUGCACCCACACGGAGGGACUCCAGCUAGUGCCACCUCUUCACAGGGACUGGCUACCACUGGUCAAAAAAGGGGUGGGGCUUCAUAACCUUUAACUUUUUUAACCCUGUAACUCCUCUAACUGGAGCUCAAUGGGAGACAUCUGCUUGUUCUGAGGGCAGGUGAAGAAUGCAGAGAGAGCUACGCUACUCUGUCUAAACUUAAUCUGGGGCCUGUAGUGUCUGUUAGUGGACCUUAACCAGACUUUUUUGCUGCCUAAUGUUUUUGUAUUUAUUCGUGCUACUUGCAUAUUUGUUUCUUAUCCCAUUUUUUCGGAAUCCUUGAAGACGCACACACGCACAAAUGCUUAGAAGCACCCCAUGCCACAAUACUUCAGUGAUAUUCUGGCUCAGGUUUCUAAAAUUGAAAUGCUUAUACCAAGACCGAUUGAAAUAGUAACAAAAUGGUUCUUAUUUGACCAGUAUCAAAAGCAAGUGUGUGUGUGUGUGUGUGUGUGUGUGUGUGUAUGUGUGUGUUUUGUGCAGAAUUCCUUCAGAAACAGUGUUUGUCACAGAGCUAGCAAAAAAAAGACUGAUGUUUGAGCUUUUUUGAAUGUAUUGCUUGUAAACCAUAAAGAGUUUUUUUUGCCGCUUUA